AUGGAUGCCGUUCAAGGCUCUAUGAGCCAUCGUUUUAUGCUUCUCGGCCUUUUCGCAUUGACCCAACUCGAUCUCGUUCGCGCAGGGGUUUCCCUUGAUCCAGUCAAAAACUUUUGCAGGAGGAUCGGACACAGUUCUGUCUACAAGAAUGGCACACUAUAUAUCAAUGGUGGUCUCGAAACUUAUGUCGACUUUGGAGCGGACGGACAACAAGACUGGAGUACAAUUACCUCGGGCAUAAACGAAAACCUAAUUUCCGUCGAUAUGACUGCCUCCUGGGACUGGCAAACGAACGUAUCGAUUUCUCAGAGCGCUAGACACGAAAGCGGUAGCGUUGCUGGCAUGCAAUGGCCUGUUAAUGUCCAUGAUGGCUCCCUCUUCGGAGGAUUGGAGUCUUCGAGUACACUUUAUAUGUUUGGAGGGACAACCUCAAGCUUCAAUCAGUCUUUCCCUUACUUUGAGAUUCCGCCUACAACUCAAUACGGCCUAUGGACCUAUGACAUGAAUGCCGACGUCUGGGCUGCUGUCGAUACCUCCGGAUCCUUGGACACAAUACCUUCAUGGGGAGCGAACGCCGAAGCUCCAGAUCGGGGGCUUGCUUUCUACGUGGGUGGCCAGAUCGAUGGCGGAACAGCAAACACCACUCAAUUUUUGGUUGAUGAUACCGUUGGUGUUGGUGGAAUGGUGGUUCUCGACACAACUAGCAACGCCAUCAAGAACGUCACAGUCGACGAUGCCGUCAAGAGCAAUCGCCAAGGAGCCGGGCUGGUGUAUGUUGACAACUUUGGUGACGCUGGAGUGCUCGUGCUGCUGGGUGGAGAGACUCAAGCGGACGGUCUCAUUCCCAUGGACGAAAUCUGGGUCUUCGAUGUCAGCUCGACAGAUUUGAGUGAUAAUCCGUCUGCGGACAAAAACAAGUGGUACCAACAGAAAGCGACAGGCAAUGCCCCUGCUGCACGCGUGGAUUUCUGUUUGGUAGCCGCACCUGCCCAGGAUAACAGCAGCAGCAGCAUCUACCUGUACGGUGGCACAUCUAAUGGUACCAUCUUCGAUGAUAUCUAUGUCCUUAGCCUUCCCUCUUUCACGUGGGUCCAAGUGUUCACCGGACAAGAUGCUCGGUGGAGUGUGACGUGCCAUUUCAUCCCCCCGAGGCAGAUGAUCACAGUUGGUGGAGGCGGAAAGAGCAGCAACAUCUCUUCCGACUGUGACUGGGAACAGAAGAGCUUAGCCGUGCUUGAUCUGAGUACUAUCGGAUGGGGUAGCGUUUUCGAUGCUGCGGCACCUCGGUAUGACGUGCCUGACGACGUUGUCGCAGCUAUUGGAGGAGGGCCAGCAGGGAAUGCCACUAAGGUCGAGCCCGAAGGCGGAUGGGCCGAGUCGGGGCUCAGCCAGCUCUUCACAAUCAGAAAGACAGCGACUACUGCCCCCCCUCCGCAAAACAGCACUAUUGUGACCCAUUCACCGACUCCCAUUCCCACCGAAGCCCAAGACAAUAAAGGCAGCGGCUUGUCUGGCGGCGCAAUAGCAGGAAUUGUAAUAGCAGUGGUUGCCGGUGUGGCAAUCGUUUGCGGCGCCAUCUUCUUCUGGCUUCGUUCUCGUCGUCAGCACAGGCAAAAUGUGGGCAUGGAAAUACCGGAGAAAGAUUCCCUGCCCUCGUACAGCACAGCGGCUUCUCAGAACACACCGGAACUCGGUGGCACGCCUCAGGCUGCAGAAAUGCCAGCGAAGAUUGUGCCUGAAGCACCGAAACCCGAUCCCCAUGAGCCUGUGGAAAAGGAUGCAGGAACCGUGCAAGGACCUCACCCAUCACUCAGACAAAAUGGGCCAGCAGAAAUGGAGUGA